UUUGGAGCACGUCACUUUAGAAGAAAAAAAUCCUCCUUCACCAGUACCGAACGGAAUCUGGGCUUGUACCAAUCGCGCUUCUUUUGAUUUAUUUCGUUGCAGUAUGAUAUCCACAGUGCUGCGUACCGGUGCAAUCCGCGGAGACCAGAUCGCGAGAGGCCUUCGCUUGAACACGUUGAGAAUGGCGUCAACUUAUCUGGUUGAGAACAGCAAAUAUUCCUUCUUGAAGGACCUCGGCCUGGGCAAGGUUAACAGCGGAGUUUUCAACGGCGAAUGGACCGGUACGGGUGAGGUGAUAAAAUCUAUUGAUCCCGCCAGCGGUGAUGUAAUCGCAGAGGUAAAGACUGGCACCGUUGCCGAACUGGAGAAAUGCUUGGAGGUUGGUACCACUGCGUACCAUCAGUGGAAAAAUCUACCGGCACCGUACCGAGGAGAAAUCGUGCGGCAGAUUGGCGAUGAACUGCGGAAGUAUCGGGAACCGCUCGGAAAGCUCGUUUCGCUGGAGAUGGGCAAAAUUAUGGCUGAAGGCGUGGGCGAGGUGCAGGAGUUCGUAGACAUCUGUGACUACGCAGUAGGACUGUCCAGGAUGUUCGCCGGGCAGAUCUUGCCAUCGGAAAGAGCCAAGCAUACCAUUAUUGAAAAGUGGAAUCCCUUGGGAUUGAUUGGAGUGAUUUCUGCAUUCAACUUCCCAUGUGCCGUGUUUGGAUGGAAUGCGGCCAUUGCAUUGGCAGUUGGCAACUCUGUGCUGUGGAAGGGAGCACCCAGCACUCCGCUGGUGUCUAUCGCCACUACCAAAAUUGUUACUGAUGUGCUGAAACGAAACAAUUUGCCACCGGUGGUUACACUCUGCCAAGGAGGCACUGAUGUUGGCAAAAAGAUGGUAGCGGAUGAGCGAGUGAAACUUCUUUCAUUCACUGGCAGCACUGCAGUCGGCCGAGAGGUAGGCGUUGAAGUUCAGCGCAGGUUCGGGAAAUUCUUGCUUGAGCUUGGCGGCAAUAACGCUCUUAUCAUCAACGACGAUGCUCCUACCGAUAUGGCGCUAGAUGCUGCGUUCUUUGGCUGUAUCGGGACUGCAGGUCAACGAUGCACCAGCACACGACGUCUCAUCAUUCAUGAGAAGUUGUACGAUGAAUUUGUAACCAAACUAGUCAAACGCUACAACAACCUGCUCAAACGAGUUGGACAUCCUUUGGAGGAAUCGACCCUGUAUGGUCCACUGCACAACCAACAAGCCGUGGAUAACUACAAAAACACCCUAGCAGAAGCCGUUAAACUGGGCGGCAAGGUGGAAUGCGGUGGAAAAGUCAUCGAUCGUCCAGGAUUCUUCGUUGAGCCGACUAUCGUUACCAACCUGCCACAUGAUUCUCCGGUGGUGCAUAAAGAAACAUUCGCCCCGAUUGUGUACAUUCUGAAGGCGAAAAAUUUGAACGAGGCUAUCGAGUGGAACAACGAGGUCGAUCAUGGACUCUCGUCGUCGCUUUUCACGUCGAAUAUUGGAUCUGCAUUCCAGUGGAUCGGCGAAGGCGGUUCGGACUGCGGUAUUGUCAACAUCAACACCUCGCCAUCGGGUGCGGAAAUUGGAGGCGCAUUCGGAGGCGAAAAGCAUACCGGCGGAGGUCGCGAAUCGGGAUCCGAUGCCUGGAAGCAGUACGUGCGGCGAUCAACUAUCACCGUCAACCACUCGCCCGAUCUUCCACUGGCUCAGGGGCUCGUAUUUGAAUAAAUAAGAUUGCGCUUUGAAACAUUG